UAAAUAUAAUAUAAAAUAUAUUAUAAUGUUGAAUUAAAUCUACAAUAAUAGUGUUGAAUUAAUUUAUUUAUUAUAUGAAUUGCAUUAUAUAUGAUGAUUCAAAAUGUGAUUUGUAUGACAUGUGUUGUGCCGUAACAUUUCAACAUAACUGUUACAUAAUCCAUGACGGAAGUGAUGCCGCCAUUCAAUCAACAUAUCAUUAAUACUGAUAAGUCAUUCAAUAAGCACUUCCAGCAGAAUGACAGCCAAAUGAUGGACAGGAGUAACAAUAACGGCGUUACCAAACAUACGAAACUAAAUGGCAAUAUCGACGACACCACCAAAACGAGCGCACAUUCUGUGUCUUCACAGACGGACCAAACAUUUCGCCCACGGAUUGUGUGGUCCAGUGUUUUGAAGUUAUCAUUUAUACAUAUUGUGGGCAUUUAUGGGAUGUAUAAUUGCGCCACUUAUGCCAAAUAUAUGACAGUUGUUUGGUAUUUCGCGGUGGCGAUGGGCUCGUCGUUUGGUAUACUAUGUGGCGCUCACCGGCUAUGGAGUCACCGGUGCUAUAAAGCGCACACUUCGCUACGGGCGCUGCUUAUGGUGUUGCAGACACUGGCCCUACAAAACGACAUAUACGAGUGGAGUCGCGACCAUAGAGUACACCAUAAGUACUCGGAGACCGACGCCGACCCACACAACUCGAACCGCGGCUUUUUCUUCUCGCAUAUGGGAUGGCUUAUGACCAAAAAGCACCCGCAGGUCAUCCAAAAAGGCAAACUCCUCGAUAUGUCCGAUCUUAUGGCCGAUCCGGUGGUCAGAUUUCAGCGCAAAUAUUACGCACCACUGGUUCUGCUAAUAUGGGGCGUCAUUCCCACUAUUAUUCCCUGUUAUUUCUUGUCGGAAACGUUGUUAAUAUCGUUUUCAAUAAAUAUGACUCGAUAUAUACUGUCUCUUCACCAGACAUGGCUCGUCAACUCAGCCGCACAUAUGUUUGGAUUUAGAACUUAUGAUCGUGACAUCGGUUCCCGUGAAAAUCAAUCGGUAGUGUACCUGAGUUUUGGCGAAGGGUAUCACAAUUAUCACCACACGUUUCCUUACGACUACUCUGCGAGCGAAUACGGGUGGAAAAGUAAUUACAAUUUGGCCACAGCUUUCAUCGACUUCUUCGCACUCAUAGGUCUGGCCUAUGAUCUGAAGACAACGUCCGAUAAAUCAGUUGCCGACCGAAAGGAGAGAACCGGAGACCAUAUGAAAGUAACUUUAUGGCCCCUUUGGGCGGCCUAUCUUGGUAGAGUUCUUUCUGGUCAUAAUUUGACU